CAUGCGUCCAGAGGACGCGCCGGCGAGCACAAUGGAGUCGGUCGAGCGGAGGUGACACUGACUUGAAUCCCAGCGGCCGCCAGCGCAACCACUUGUCUGCGGGGUUUUGGUUUUUUUUUGGAGUGUUAUGAAACGACCGCAGAGCUGCGAGCGAGCGGUGGCACCGUCCGCGGACGACCUGACACGGCGGGGACCGAGUGCUGAGUGACCGCCCGGGUUCACCUGCCGUGCGGCGGCGCUGCGCUGCUCUUCUCUUCUCAACGGCCGCGGCCGCUCUCUGUCCGCCUUUUGUCCGAAAGUCAAGAGCAGUGAAACACGCACAACGUCCGAUCACCGCCGACGAAAAAUGUCAGAGGUCACCAUCGCAAAGCGCAAGGAGAAGUGCGAGAACUGCACCAAACAGUGCAACAAGAAGCGGAGCGAUGAAGGUGCCGACCCGCAGCAGGAGCGGGAUGGAGUCAAUGGACAGAUGAAUGAAGGGUCCCAGUUGUUGCUGAGUGCCUGUCUGUCCUGCGAUGGCUGUCUAUCAGAGGACGAGAGCCUCAAGAUCUCUCAGCAGAGCCUGGAGGAACUGGAGCGGGUUCUAGCGCUCAACAAGAAAUGUGACACGUCGAAGCACAAGGUGCUGGCUGUGUCGGUUUGUCCACAGUCCCUGCCCUUCUUCGCUGUCAAGUUCGGCGUGGACAUCGGCGAAGCCGCCCACAAGCUCUGUGGCUUCCUCAAGAGCCUGGGAGUCAAGUAUGUGUUUGACACCACCCUGGCAGCGGGCUUCAGCAUCUUGGAGAGCCAGAAGGAAUUCAUUCAGAGGUAUCGCAGGAGGCACCACGACCCCCAUGCCUUGCCCAUGUUCACUUCCUCCUGCCCAGGGUGGAUCCGUUAUUCGGAGAGUGUCCUGGGCAGUUUGGUCACCCCCCAUAUCUGCACAGCCAGGUCUCCGCAGCAGAUCAUGGGCUGCCUGGUCAAAGACUACUUCUCAAAACAGCAGAAGCUGAGUCCUGAGAAAAUUUACCACGUGGUGGUGGCUCCCUGCUUCGACAAGAAGCUAGAGGCCGUCAGAGAGGAGUUCUACAACAGCCUGCUGGAGACCAGAGAUGUGGAUUGUGUCCUCACCUCAGGGGAGAUCUAUUACCUGAUGGAGCAGAAGAAGGUGUCAGCGGCGGAGCUGGACUCAGUUCCACUUGACCAAGUGCUGGGAGAGGCCGGAGACACGGCGCUGUCGAGGCACGAGGGCCAGGGUCCAGAAGGUUUCCUGGAACACGUGUUCAAACAUGCUGCAAAAGAGAUCUUUGGUCUCGACGUCCGUGAGAUCACGUACAAGACCGUCCGGAACCGGGACUUCCAAGAAGUGACCCUUGAGCGGGACGGGGAAAUUUUGCUGCAGUUUGCGGCCAUCUAUGGUUUCAGAAACAUCCAGACCCUGGUGCACCGCAUGAGGAAGGGACGCGUGCCUUACCAGCUGGUGGAGGUGCUUUCCUGCCCAGGAGGGUGCUUGAGCGGCCGCGGUCAAGCGGAGGGCGAGGCGGGAGGUCGGGCGGAUAAAGCCCUGGUCCAGCAGAUGGAGGAAACCUACAGCAGCCUGCCGGUGCGUCUCCCCGAGGUCAACGCCGCCCUGCGCACCCUCUACCGAGACUGGCUGCAGGACUCCUCACGGGCCAGCACGCUGCUCCACACCCAGUACAGGACCCAGGGUCAGAUCCACCCACAGCCCCCACACAUGCAGUGGUGAGAACAGAGGAAGUCUUUCACCCUGGCGGUUGAACGGGGGCCAGCCUCUGCCUGAUACCGAUUCUGCUGGGACCAUCCAACGCUGAAGACCACGCUGUACUACGGACCAGUGAGGGAGAAGCAAAGUCUCAGCAGGUGUAAUUCUUCCAUUUGGCCACAUGGGGGCGCACCGGUGGAUCCCCUGUGCCAAGCUUGAGACUGAGGAGACAAACACAAGCUUUCAGUUUAUUCAGACUGAAGCACUUAUGUCAAUAAGCCGUUGAGAUAAUAGCUAAUAAUGAAAAAUUUCUAAAAAGAUGGUUGCAAAGUCACCUGAUACGCCAGCUGAGGAAUGGUUAACUAUUUAUUCCUAAUUUCCAGAGCAAUAAGCGAACACAGCGAAAAGCAUUUUCGAACCAAAACUGGAGCUCAUGACCUGAACUUGUGGCAACUGGAGGAGUCUAAUGUAUUCCAAAUCCAAACUGUCUAACAUGUGACACGCCUGUUCACUUUGUGUUCCAGUCGUCGCCACUGUCCCUCACUGAAAGACAAGGCUGCGUUUCCACAAACACAUUGAUAGUUAUGCAACAGUGUGAUCAUCUCAUCUCAACGGCCUUGGUCAGUGGAGAGUAUGGCUGCUGUGGGAUUCAAAAGCUUAACCUGACAGUGAGAGAUUGCUGCCCACCAUCCAGUGUCUGUUUUUUCCGUCCCAGUAAAGAGAGAGUCAUUCUUUUUAAUGGUACAAGAUGAUUUCAUUUGUAUUAUCACUCUGUUCCCAUUCCACAAGCUAGUAUUUUUAUCAUAUGUUCCUGUUCUUUAUUUUAACGAGAUCAAACAAACAUGUCAUACAGGGGAAAUAAAGCACUAGAAUAUUCCAACAAAGAAACGAAGAAAAAAAAGAGUGGU